AUGGAGGGAGAAGGGGUUGAGCCUGAUGAGGUGACAAUGAUUGGGGUAGUUUCGUCUUGUGCCCAAUUAGGAGAUUUGGAGCUCGAAAGAGGGUUUCAUCACUACAUCGAAGAAAGAGGAUUGAAAUUCACCAUAGCUCUCAGUAAUGCUCUCAUGGACAUGUAUGUGAAGUGCGGGAAUUUGGAGCAGGCAAGGCUAUUGUUUGACAAAAUGCCGAGAAGAACUGUAGUUUCUUGGACUACAAUGGUCAUGGGGUAUGUGAAGUUCAGUUAUCUGGAUGCUGCUAGGGAGUGUUUUGAUGAAAUGCUCGAAAGAGAUGUCGUGAUGUGGAAUUCCAUGAUUGCUGGCUAUGUACAACACAAGCGAGGCAAGGAUGCGCUAGCUUUGUUUCAGGGAAUGCCAGCUACAGGUGUAAAGCCCAAUGAGGUUGCCAUGGUUAGCCUGUUGUCUGCGUGUGCACAAAUCGGAGCGCUCGAGACGGGGAUAUGGGUUCAUCACUAUAUCGAUAGACACAGGAUUCCUCAAACUGUAGCAUUGGGCACGACCUUGGUGGACAUGUAUGCCAAGUGUUGGAAUAUCGAAAAGUCGCUCCAAGUGUUUGAAGAGAUCCCUGAGAGGAAGACGUUGACAUGGACGGCCAUGAUUGGUGGUUUGGCCAUUCAUGGGCGUGGACGAGAUGCUAUAAGCUACUUCAUGAAGAUGAUUGAUAUCAGUUUGACCCCAGACGAGGUUACAUUUGUGGAGGUCUUAUUAGCUUGUUGUCACGCUGGAUUAGUAGAUGAGGGUCAUUGA